UCAGGUCUCCAUGGAGGCGGCUUCUCCUAGCAACUCGACGGGCGUUGAGCGGAGCCGCUGACCUGAUGGACGCCGACAGCCUCCUGCUGUCUCUGGAGCUGGCGUCCGGCAGUGGGCAGGGCCUCAGCCCGGACCGUCGGGCCUCGCUGCUCACGUCUCUUAUGCUGGUUAAGCGCGACUACCGCUAUGAUCGGGUUCUCUUCUGGGGCCGCAUCCUUGGCCUCGUCGCCGAUUACUACAUCGCGCAGGGCCUGAGUGAGGACCAGCUCGCACCGCGCAAGACGCUCUAUAGCCUGAACUGCACAGAGUGGAGCCUCUUGCCCCCUGCCACAGAGGAGAUGGUGGCGCAGUCGUCUGUGGUGAAGGGCCGCUUCAUGGGGGACCCAUCAUACGAAUAUGAACACGCGGAGCUGCAGAAGGUGAAUGAAGGUGAAAAAGUCUUUGAAGAAGAAAUAGUGGUCCAGAUCAAGGAAGAGACCCGCUUGGUGUCUGUCAUUGACCAGAUUGACAAGGCUGUGGCCAUCAUCCCCCGAGGCGCCCUCUUCAAGACCCCUUUUGGACCCACCCAUGUCAAUCGGACCUUUGAAGGACUGUCCUUGUCUGAGGCCAAGAAGCUCAGCUCGUACUUCCAUUUCAGGGAGCCUGUUGAGCUAAAGAAUAAAACCUUGCUUGAGAAGGCUGACCUGGACCCCUCCCUGGAUUUCAUGGACUCCUUGGAGCAUGACAUUCCCAAAGGGUCCUGGAGUAUCCAGAUGGAGAGGGGCAAUGCCCUGGUGGUGCUGCGCAGCCUGCUCUGGCCGGGCCUCACCUUCUACCAUGCUCCCCGCACCAAGAACUAUGGCUACAUCUACGUGGGCACUGGCGAGAAGAACAUGGACUUGCCCUUCAUGCUAUAGAAUGGGAGCCAGCCUGGAUGUUUUUAGAGUCUAAACAUGAUUUUCUUAAGCUUCA